GAUGCCCUAGAGAGACAGCAGUUCACAAUAUCAAAAGCAUGGCAUUUCCUGAUUCAGGAAACACAAAAGUAGUAAAAGGAGAAAACCAGAAAAAUACAGAAAAUGUAAAGAAGAACAAGAAAGCGAGAGAGAAAAAAGGAAGAAGAGAAGUUUAGUUUGUUUUAGAAGCACAAUGUGAACUGAAUGUUAAUUAACUGAGGAAUAAAGGGUCCAUUAAUUCAUUGAGGGAAUGUCUAUAGUACUAUUCUAAAGCAAAAUGAAACACCCCAGAGGAACAGGGACUAGGCUUUCAGCUCUGCAUCCGGAAUUCCACGUCACUUUGAAGAAUGAAUUUAGCUUCAGAAAGCUACUUCAAAGAUACAUCAAUAUGGCAGCCCACACCUCUGAAAAUAAUAUGAAUAUUCAUAAAGAACAGGCAAAAAAUUCCAUGAAAAAGAAGGCAGAGAAAAUAAGUCAAGAGGAAUCAAAUCCACACAGAGAUAAAGAAGUUUCAACCUUAGCCAUGAAGCUUGGCAACACAGCUCUAAACAACCCACUGCGAUUUACUGAAGAUGCGCCACGGCCUCAGUCAAAAGGCACUUCUCGCUUUGGAAUGCUCAGUCACCAUUCCUUUUUCUCCAGGCAUAACCCUCACCCACAUCGUGUCACACAUAUCCAAGGACUGAAUGGAAACCCAGUGUGUAUAGUGAAUGAUGACUGGUCUGUCUGCACCCCACUGUCUCCUCAUCCAAUGAUUAAACCUCAGUUUUCACAGACUGUGUUGGGGGUUCCUGGGGCGCAAAUUCCUUUGGGAGACCCACAUGGGAACCUUAUCCCUAAACUAGGCACAGGCUCUAUAUCAGAAGCUUGGCGGGAGGAACUGAGAGACAUUGCAGCUAGGGUUUGCCUUGCCACUGAAGCAGAAAACAACCAUGAGGUGAAAGAAGUUCGGAGAGGAACUCAGUACUCAGCACAAACUGGUCGCAUCAUUCCACCAUCCUCUAGACUUGGAAGUCGUCAGGGUUCUCGCCAAGCAUCACGAAACUAUGCUAGGAAUAAGAAGACACAAGGCUUUACUCCCAUGCUGGACCAGGAACUGCUGGUCUUAGAAAUCCUGUGUCAGAUUCUGCAAACAGAUUCGCUCACUGCUGUUCAGCAGUGGUUACUCACGGCAGGACAGAAAGAGAAGGACCUUGUGAUGGGGAUGAUUCAGACUGCAGCAGCUAGCAACCUGCAAGCCUUGCAGAACAACAAUGAAACACAGGAAAGAUUUCAGCUGCUGUCUUCAGGUCUAAUGUCCAGAGGUCAGGAUCUCUAUUUGAUCAAUCAGGAGAAAAGAUAUAAUCAGCAACAGAAAAUAGAACCAAUAAAAGAAGACAAACCAGAACGCAUUGGAACCGCAGAAAUCCUACAGAUUCACGUUAAGGAAUAUGAGAAGCCUGCAGAAGAGAAUAAUUAAUGUGUAUGGAUACCACCGAAGAACACACAAUACAUUAGAAUUAAUUUAUGUACAAUGCACAACUAACACCUAUGCCAAAGAAUAAAGCAGCAUCAUUAUCCUACCAAGCCUCUCUGCUGGAGGGCUGAAUUUAGGAAAACCACCACCAAGCAUUUCUAGUCAAAAAUUGGAAAUAAAUAUAUUUUGUUGUGAUAUGAGCUACAAGCUAAUUAACUGUUAGGUACUCAAUGUAUUUAUGUCAACAACUAAGUUUUCUGAACCGAAUUAGCAUUUUGACUUGCAAGAAAUGUGCAUAAUAGCUAAUAAGUAUGCUUAAUGUAAUGUAAUGUUUGAAUGAAUGUACAAUGGUUUAGCCAUCAUUUCUACAUUUUGACAUAUAGUGCAGACAAUUUUCUUUCUCAUAAAGGAUUGAUAAGUUUAUACAGUGAAAUAAUUGCCCUUCCUCAAAAGACAGAAAGACAUUUUCUUUUGUGCCCCAAGAAUUCAUGUAACCAUUCAUUACCAUAUGUAACAAUUGCCAUUACAAAAGCCCUUCCUUCUGACAUAAUAGAAGUCCCAGUUCACUAGUAUUUCAGGAAAAAAAGAUAGUCUGAGACUAGAGAAGGUCAUUACUCCUUAAAUAGAGGCCUUGCCAUUUAAGUUAUAGCCUUCAAAAACAGCUGGACAUAAUCAUGCAUAGAAACACUUUGAAAUGGGGCCUCAGUGGCAUCAGUAGCCUCCAAUCAUGAUAUUUCCUUCAUGAACACAAAGAUAAUACAAAGCAGUAAAAAAAUGAAAAAAUAAUUUAAUGGCUACCUUACAUCUGGAAUAACAAAUAUUUGGCUAAACUUCCACAGUUCAUGUGUUGUAACUGGUAGAUUCACAGUUACUAUGUCAUUUAACAUUUCUGGAUAUGAACUUGAAGACUGGUGUUAAAGUUCUAUUACUGUGACCUACUAAAAUGAGAAGGACAUUACAUAUAUGUUGCCAUUCUUAUAAAUAAAGUCGUACUUUGCAGUUUAA